CCACUCCGUUGCCUAGGGAAACCCAAUGGAACCACCUGUUGUUUACCGCCAACAACCCCCGAAAGCCGUCCGUAAACAAAGGUCCUGAACUUCCUUCCCAUGUCCACACCCUCCUUCAGGGAUUUAAUUUCCGUGUUGACGUUCCGGGGACACUAGUCACUAUGGUAACCGGCGAGGGACAACAAAGGCGCUUUUCUUCACAGUACCUGUCAAUUGCUGAAUGCAAGAACGUUACGCUGCCGAAAAAGUGUCCUAAUUACGUGAAAUAAAUGUACAAAUUGCACCACAAAGAUGUCCAAUCGUUACAAAUUCAUCUACAACGCUUGUGUUGAGUUCUUCGGUGUGACGACACUGGAGAACGGUGACGUCAUUAACGAGUUCCUUGACAACGAGGAUGUUACCGUGCUGGCGGCCGUCACCGUGGAUGGGGAGGUGCUGCUGCAGAACAGCGUCCCCGUGGAGAACCAGUACGGGUUGCUGUUUUACAAAAUUCCCAACCUGGACUUUAGUGGUCACACUGGAGCGGCCAAAAUUGGGCUGCUAACGUUGGAGGGUGGCCUGGCCAAGUCCAUUUACAACUCGCUGCAGCGUGUCUUUUCGCCCUACAUCCUCAAGAAGUGUGAAUAUCCGGCAGAGAUACGGACGCUGCUGCAGAACCUGCACUCCAGUCUGGGACUUUCGCUGGGCCUGACCGAGUCGGGCAUCCUUUCGCUGCACGAUGAGGUUAGCUUUUGGAUGCAUAAAACGAAGAUGCUGCCGACGAAAGCGGAUCGGGAAGCGGCCCGAUCGUUCGCCACUAUUUUGGAGCGCAUAAGCGAACAGUUUGGUGAAAGUGAGACGAUGAGUUUGGGCAAGCUGGACGAAAUGAUCGAUGUGUGUCAGUCGGCGUUGGACGAGAUAUGGCGCCUGCCACACCAUUACCCACAGAAUCGGAUGUGUAGCAUCUUCGAUAUGAUCUCCGUUCGUGUCGUUACCUCCUGCACGGAACAUUUGACCGAGUUGGAUAUGUGGGACAUUGGGACGGUUUCGCUGGACGAUGCGAUAGGUCACGUGAAGGAAACGCUCGAAUCCUGGAUACAAACUUUCGAUUCCUUGACACGCCUGUUCUGGCCCAACUAUGAGCCCCAUCCCUGGUUGGGGGAACCGUAUCGUUCGAAGCUGUUGACCAAAUUUCAAACAAGAUACAAAGAGAUUUUGGAUAUUCGCCACGUGAAGGAUCUACUGUACGCAUUGUUCUUUGAAAGUGAAAAAUACUUCCCGUUGGCCAAUGAAGUGGCAUUACCUUUUCAUGGAAUAAACAUCUACGAUCUUACCCCGCUCGGCAACAAGCGGUGGGAAACGGCAAAAGCGAAAAUGGAGCACGCUCUCGCCAAGAUAGACGAAAGUGCGGCCUUCAUACUGCAGCAGAAGAUACUGGAAACCGGUGGCAAUCCCCGCCACACGGUGAUGGUUUUUAAUCGCUACAAAGAAAUUCUAACCCGUCCCCUGAUCCUGGAAACGCUCGCAGCCGAGCGCAAUCAAGUGUUCCGCAGCAUCGAUACGAUGAUACGCGAGCUGCGCGAGCUGCUCACCACCACAAACUUCACCGAAAGCAACGUGACACCGAUCGUGGCCGAAACGCGCUGCUACCGGGUAGUGGAGGAUGAGCUGCAGCAGCUCGAAUCGAUCGUUGCGGCCCUGUGUCGCGAUCGGGAUGGGUACGCGGAAGCGCUGAAGCGCAUCGGCGAGUUCAAGGAGGAAAUGCGCGCCCUCGUCCGGGGUAACUUUGAAACGUGGACCGAAAACUCCAUGAUGGCCAUACGCGAUGGUGUGCUGAGCUUGCGAGAAAACCAACCGGUGGUCGUGUUCGACAAGUCGGACAAUCAGCUCAUGAAGGUUACGUUCGGGCCGAAACUGGUCACCUUCAUCGAUGAGGCGCGCCAUUUGCAAAAUCUCGGAUUGAAACACACGCCGGAGAUUCAGCGCAAUGUGUCGCAUUCGAUGCGGUUUGUGGCGCAUGCCCGACGGUUGCAGCAAGUGGCCACCUUUCACAACACGAUCGGUGGCUUGAUGGUGCCCUGCAUCAGGCCGAUCAUGCUGAAGAAUGCGAUGGACUUUUCGAAGCUAGUCAAGAGCGAGUCGGUUUGCUGGAGUGAGGAAGAAUCGGUCGAGCGGUACAUCGACGCACUGCAGGAAUCGGUCAAGCGGUUGCUGAAGGACAACAAUCAGCUCACCGGACAUCAUGAGCAGGCACGGAAAGCGAUCCUGAAGCUGAUGGACACGGAUCUCAUCCGACAAGCGAAUGUUUGGAAGGAGGAAAUACGCAACCUACGGGAGAUCGUUACGAGCAUGGAGCGACAGGGAUAUGGCAAUCUGAACCCCUUCAAGCUGCACUGGGACCAUCAACUGUACAAGGUGCUCGAAUACCAGUACAUUGUAGGUCUGCUGGAUGUGCAUCAGAAGCUGCCGGAGAUACACGUCGAUCUGAUCUUUCGCCAGCAGCGCAUCCAGUUCCGCCCGUCGCUGGAAGAGAUUCGCUCCAAGUACUACUCGCAGGUACGCCGGUUCGUCGAAAAGCCGGUCAACUUUAAGGGCCUUUCCGAGCAGGGUGGCGCACUGUUCAAAACGAUGAUCGAUCGCAACUAUCAGCACUUCGGUGUGCUGUACGAGAAGGCGGAAAUUGUGUUCCGGCAGCUGGUGGAGUUCCGGGACAGCUGGCUACCGUUUGUGGCGCUCGGGAUGGUGGAUCUGGAGCAGCUCUGCACGGUGCACUGUACGAGCUGGCAGCACUGGGAUAACAAUUUCCGUGCCUGUAAGCGGUUCAGCCAGCAGUUGGCACGGAUACAGGAGCGCGAGAAGGAGAUUGAUUGUUUGGUGGUGAGCUAUGCGCCGCUGUGCAGUGAUAUUGAUGCGCUUAGUCGGCGGUACUGGGAAGCGUUGGCGGGGAGCUUGCGGACGUCGAUUCUGGACAGCAUUGCGGAAAUACAGGAGUACCUGGCGUACUCGUUCGGUGUGCUGCAGAACAUACCACAGGAUGAGCUGGGCAUUGCCGAAUCGAGCGCAAAGUACGAGAAGAUCGUUCACGAGCUGCCGAAGAUGAGCGAGCUGAUGAAGGCGCUGCAGGGGAAGGAUUCUUGCUUGGCGGGAUGGUGCAAGGAGCGAGUGUCGGCACUGGGCGGAAUUUUGUUGCAGUGGAACCAGCUGCAGCCACUGAUUGACAAUCAUCAGACGUUGCUGCAAGGCCGGUUGGACAUUAUUAAGGAGAAUAUAUUGAGACAGAUCAACGAGCUGAACGAUGAGGCGGAAAAGUUCUCGAUCCGGUGGGAGUCUACUAUCAAAGAUUUGGAGACAAACGAAACUGCUGACAUGUCGCUAUUCCGUGAGCGUCAAACACAAUGGAAACAGAUACUCACCAAACGGGAAACGCUCAAUAAACAAACGGAAAAGUUCAACAUAAUCGUUCCCAAGGAGUUUAAUGAUAUAUUUGCUAAGCUGGAACAAGAUAUUACGGAGCAGGGCAAGAAUUGGGACAUUUUCAACGAAUUCCUCAACGACUACGACACCGUCGCAAACGAAGAGUGGACAAUCUACCGUCGACGACCCCAUCUGUUGACGGAUUUUCUCGGUCGAUGGGAAAAACCAACUGCUGGACAGGUGGCAGGUAGUGUGGCUAGUGCUCGCAUUAACACAACUAUAGAGCGCUACAAGGGUGCAUUGCCGGUACUGACCACACUGCAAUCGGACGCGCUAAUCGAAAAGCAUUGGGCCAAGCUAUGCAUGAUGCUGUCGAUCGAUUCCAAAUCCCAACACGACCUCUGCCUGGGUGAUGUCCUGGGAGCAAGUGAAAAGUUGCAGGACCAAGCCUCCGAAAUACAGGCGAUUGUACGCGGUGCUGCCUCGGAGCACAUCAUCCGGCAGGCCAUUGUGGAGUUGGAGCAGUGGAGUGCCACAGCCAUGCUCAAACUGAUCGACUAUACUGACUCCAAGGGUGCUGCUCUAAAGCUGAUCAAAGAUUACGUUGAAACGCUGAACAAAAUAGGCGACAAUCAGUUCCUACUCCAGUCGGCCAAGAAUUCGGCCUCGUUCGAGUCGUUCUCCGACCAGGCGGACGUGUGGGAGGAGAAGCUGAACAAUCUCGACUACAUCGUGACGCACUUGAACCAGAUCCAGAAGCGCUGGAUCUACUUGGAGCCGAUCUUUGGCGUAGGGACGCUAAAGAAGGAGGAAGCCGUGUUUCGAAGCAUCGACAAAAACUUUCGCUAUAUCAUGAAGGAGAUUACAGACGAUCCGCGGGUUGUGUCGGUGAACAAGAUCAACAAUGUGCUGUCGAUCAUUGAAACGCUGCAGGGACAGAUCGCACGCUGUCAGAAUGCGCUGAGUGCGUACAUCAAAGCGAAACGGAAUGCAUUUUCGCGGUUUUACUUCUUGUCGGACGAUGAUCUGCUGGAGCUGCUAGGACAGUCAUCGAAGGAGAGCAUCGUGCAGAAACAUAUCAGGAAACUGUUUCCCGGGAUAUACAGGUUGGUGCUGGAUGAGAGCUCUUCAAGGGUGAUUGGUUUCGCUAGCGAGGAAGGAGACGAACUGCGGCUGGAGGAUUCAAUCAUGAUCCAGGGAGUUCCCGUUGAGGAUUGGUUGAAUGUACUGGUGGAGAAAAUCAAGGACACACUAAAGACACUCCUCGCGCAAUGUCUACAGCUAACCGAUUCGCUUGAUUCUGCCACGAUCGAACGCUACCCUAUGCAGAUCAUUUGCCUGGCCAACUCGAUCUCAUUCACCAAACGCACCGAAAAGGCAAUCAUUGGAAUGCAGCUAGCGAACCUCAAGCAGCACGUGCAGAACGAAAUAUCCAAGUACUCGACGAUGCUACAGCAGUGCGAAAAUCCACUCACAGGCAUCAAGCUACGAUCACUUCUAAUAGAUCUUGUGUACCAGCAGACCACGGUCGACUACCUCCUGGCGCACAAUGUGACAAACGUGAGCGACUGGUAUUGGCUGCAGCAGCUCAAGUUCUAUGCUGAUGGCAAAGCGAACGUUACCGUUCGUAUGGUGUACGCUGAGUUCCGCUACUCAUACGAGUUCUUGGGGAAUUACGCAAAGCUGGUGUACACAUCGCUCGCUCACAACUGUUACCUCAUCCUGACGCAAGCAAUGCAACUCGGACUGGGUGGCAACCCAUUCGGACCUGCCGGUACAGGUAAGACAGAGUGCGUCAAAUCACUCGGUGCCAUGCUCGGCCGGUUGGUGCUGGUGUUUAACUGCGACGAAAACAUCGAUACGGCCGCCAUGGCACUCAUCCUUUCCGGGCUGGCACGGUGCGGUGCUUGGGGCUGUUUCGACGAGUUUAAUCGACUUCAGGAAGCAACGCUAUCCUCCAUUUCGAUGCUCAUCCAACCCCUCCAACGUGCCCUGAAAGACAAGCAAGCGGAAGUGACAAUGGGCGGUGAAACGCUCCCACUGGAUCAACACUGUUGCGUGUUUGUGACGCUCAAUCCGGCCGGGGAGGAGUACGGUGGUCGACAACAGCUCCCACUCAAUCUUCAGGCACUGUUUCGUCCGAUCGCUAUGCAAGCUCCGAGGCCACAGCAAAUCGCACGCGUCACACUGUUCGUUGAGGGUUUCAAGCAUGCCGAUCGCCUCGGAGCACAGAUUGUGGAGUUGUUUGAGCUAUCGCAGAAGAUUCUCUCCCGCCAGCGGCACUACGAUUGGGGACUGCGUGAGCUUAAAGCAGUACUGUUGGCCUGUGGUCGGGCAUUGAAAUCCAUCGACGGGGAGUCACGCGAAUAUCCCCAAGAGGCAGCGGUAGUGGUGAACGUGAUUCGAGCGAACCUUAUGUGCCGACUUACAACAUUCGACGCAAAACGGUUCGAUGUGCUGCUCACCAACGUGUUCCCGGGCGUUCCGAUUGAACCGAGCGCAAACGCGGAGUUGCGGGCGAGAAUUCUGGACGCAUUCUCGACACUCGGCCACCAGCAGAACGACCGGCAGGUGGAGAAGUGUCUGGAGCUUCAGGCUCAACUGCAAAAACGCAUGGGAGUGGUCGUGAUUGGACCGCCCCAAUCAGGCAAAACGACCAUCAUCGCGCUGCUGAAGGAGGCACUGAUUGCACAAGGACAGAUCAUACGCAUCCACACGAUCUCACCGAAGUCAAUGAGCCGGGUGCAGCUGCUCGGACGGCUCGAUCCGGACACACGCCAGUGGACGGAAGGUGUGCUGACUUCGAUGGCGGUGGCAGUUAAUGCGGAAAGUCGUAACGUUACCUCGUGGAUCAUCUGCGACGGUGAUGUCGAUCCGGAGUGGAUCGAGGCACUCAACUCGGUGCUGGACGACAAUCGUCUCCUAACACUACCUUCUGGCUGGCGCAUCCAGUUCGGCAGUAACGUUAACUUCAUCUUUGAAACGCACGAUCUUUCGACGGCAUCGCCGGCAACAAUCUCUCGCAUGGGUAUUAUUAAUCUGAACGCAGAAGAUCUUCCUUAUCAAUUGAUCGUAUCAGGUUGGUUGGCAAGAAAUCCACAGGGUGAUCUCCUGAAGUCUUACUUCGAUCAACAUCUUUACCGUGCGAUCGACUGGAUUGAGGAGCAUCGCGAACGACCGGCCGGUUACUCGUUGGUUAGUCUCGCCCAGUCAGUGCUUGUUGCGAUCGAAGGCAUUAAAAACACGGAUCAGUUCUGUGCUGAUCUACUUUGCGGCUUGAAUGGUGUGCUCAGCAUGUCCGCAAAGAAUGCCCUCUCCAACCAGGUGUACGCUUGGGCAGAUAUUGCAAUUACCGACAGUGCCGUGGCGGAGUAUCACUAUUACAACAGCUUCCGGGACAUGAUCGAGCUGUACAGUACGGAUGACAUAACGGGAGCGUCGAUCGAAAAUGGGACCUACGUCAACGUGCUCGUCCGAACUCCGCUGAUGAAGCUGAACAGUGAUUUGCUGAAGCAUAUCAUCGCUUCGAAAGAACGUUACGUGGCGCUACUGGUCGGUCCGAGUGGUAAUGGCAAGAGCCUGCUACUACAGACGAUCGUGAGCGAGUUCAGUGGCUAUCAGCUCGUUACGAUCAACUGUAGCGCACAGCUAACCACUGCCAACAUUCUCUACACGCUCAAGCAAAACUCACUGAUCGUAACGACCGUUAAGGGAAAGGAAUAUCGUCCCAAUUUUUCCCGCAUCGUGCUGUACUUGAAGAAUAUCGAUCUCUGCACGGUGGAUGCGUGGGGUACCUGUGAAGUGGUGGAGUUGCUGUUGCAGCUUAUCCAUCGUCACGGGUUCUACUCCGAUGGUGUGGAGUGGAUAAGUGUGAGCGGUGUGCAAGUGUGUGCCUCGGUGACGGAUCUUGAGAAGAUCACACUCUCUCCAAGGUUCCUCUCGAUCUGUCGUUUGGUGCGAUUUGAACAACCAAACGAGCAAGAUAUGGAAAGCAUCGUGCGAAGCAUUCUACUCCCCGUUUAUAAUCAGCUGGUGAAAGGAACAACACGUCUAAAGCUACACGAUCUAGUACGAUCCAUCAUCAACGUGUACGUCAAGAUCAAUCAGCAAUUUCCGCCCGGUGAGGCGACGCACUACCGCUUCACGCCGAAGCUUAUCGAGAAGUGGAUAUCGGGCCUACUGUUCUACGCGGAGGAAAACUUUGGAAAAGCACUGCUCUACGAGUGCUGCCGCAUCUUUCGCGACCGUUUAGUUACGGCGGAGGAUAGGGAGCAGUUUGAGGACAUUAUUCGCGGUGAGUUCCGCAUGCUGGAACGGCUGGAGCAAGGUGAGCUGUUUGUUCCGAAAGAAGGUGCUCAGCGAAGGGGCGAUAUGCAGAUGAUAUCUGCCGAACAGUGGCAUAGUAUGGUCGAUCAUAGCAUUACUAUUUGUAAUGCUGAAAAUGUUCUCAUUGACGUACCGAUGAGUGUCGCCUUUUGUGAAACGAUCGCCUCAAUAGCUCGAGCCUUAUCACGCCCGUACGCGAACCUUGUCAUGAUUGGACGUGCAGGUUCUGGACGUCUCCAAGCGCUCUACACGGCCUGCACCAUGCUCAAUGUACGGGUAGCAUUCCCUCAAAUGUCACGCCACUAUUCUAUGGGCGAGUUUAACAACGAUCUGAAGAUCGUUAUGCAAAACUGUGCACUGGAAAACGAGCCCGUCGCCUUCUUCCUUCAUCACGCCGUCGCCAACUAUCUGCCCGAUGCGAUGAAAACUUGCGAAGCAAUUCUAGCCGGUGGAGACCUGGCCGAUUUCUUUGGUGAUGAUUUAGAGAACAUUGCAGCUCCACUGAAGCCACAAGCUGCUCUAGAGUCGUUCCAGAUGUCUCUCUCGGCUUAUUUCAUACAGCGGCUGCGAUCAAACUUUCAUCUGGUGGUGAUCCUGGAGUCAGAGUCACCCACCGUCCGAUCGCUGUUUGAAAGCUAUCCAGCAUUACACCAGAAAUCUGAAAUUGUUUGGAUACUGUCGGGAGCCGUUUCCAGGGCGGACGAUCUCCGUACCUAUCUGACCACCAUUGGAGGAGUCGGAGAUACGGUGCAAAAGUCCCACCAAGAACCCAACUCACUUCUCACUCCUCUGCCCGUGUACUUUAACGAUCUGAUCGAUGUAGACAUCUCCAGCUGGAGCCGUUCCCCUCUACGGCGUAUCCAUUUAAUCCGUUCCUAUUUCCAUCUGUACGGCCAGGAGAAGGCUAAAAAAGAACAGUACAAAGCAAAGAUCCAGAUCGGCGUGGACAAACUCUCAGAAACGCACCGAGUGGUGGAGCAGCUGAAAAUCGUAGCCCAAGAAAAACAGCAAGCAUUGGCAGAGAAGCGCAAACUUGCAAACCAAUCGCUGGAUAUGAUCUCCAACACGAUGAGCUCGGCAAACGACAAGAAAACGGAACUGCUCGAGCUGCAGCGUCAGGCGCAAGAGAGCAGCGAAAAGCUGAUUGAGCGAAAGCGUGCCAUCGAGGAGGAACUCAGCCUGGUGGAGCCAACGUUGCGAGAGGCCAGCGCUGCUGUGGGUCAGAUCAAAACAGAGGCCUUAUCAGAAAUACGUUCACUUCGAGCGCCGCCCGAGAUUGUUCGCGACAUACUGGAGGGUGUGUUGCGGCUGAUGGGCAUCCGGGAUACGUCCUGGAAUAGCAUGAAAACGUUUCUGGCCAAGCGUGGGGUAAAGGAGGACAUCCGGUCACUCGAUCCUUCCCGCAUCAGUCCGGAAAACUGCGCGUCCGUCGAGAAACUACUGCAGGCAAAGGCGGACUCAUACGAACAGCGCAAUGCCAAGCGUGCGUCGGCUGCGGCAGCUCCCCUUGCGGCGUGGGUCAUAGCGAAUGUAAAGUACGCGAAGGUGAUGCAGAGCAUUAAACCACUGGAGCGGGAGCAGAACCUGUUGAAAGAAAACCUAGACCAGGCCGAGGCGGACAUGCAAUCAUUGUCCAGUGGGUUGGACAAUGUGAACGAUACCGUCCGCAGCUUGUCGGAGCAGUUGAACGUGUACACGCAAGAAGCAGCUAUGCUAGAGAUAAAGCUCGAGGAAGCAAAAAACACACUCCAUACGGCCGAAAUACUAGUGCAAAACCUCAACAGCGAGUACACCAGCUGGAGCAGGGAGCUGGAUGACUUGAACGAUGCGAUCACUCACCUCGAUGGGCGAUGUUUUAUGACUGCGCUGAACAUAACUCAGCUUUCGCAGAUGAGUCUCGAGGAGCGAAGAUCCUGCAUGACAAAGCUAUCCGACGUAACGAACCUGCCCCCGUUCAGCUUGGACCAGCAACUGAUCACCAACCAGGACAAGAUCAUCUGGGAAAGCAUGGGCCUAACGGCAGACCAACAGUAUCGCGAAAACGCAGCAAUGCUAGCUAAAUUCCUCUCCCUUUCCUACUUUUCCACCCCAACGCCACUACUAAUUGAUCCAUCCGAGUACGGCCAGCAAUGGCUAACGAACUAUCUCACCUAUCUGAACCGUACGUACGAGCUAACGAGCCAAGGAGCGGACCGUUUCGCCUACAGCCUAGAGCUGGCAGUACGUUUCGGCAAGGUGCUGAUCGUGAAAAACGUUAACGCCAUCCAGGCGCCACUGCUGUCACUGUUCUGCACCGCGGUCCAGAGCCACUUCAACAAGAAGCUGCUUCACGUGGGCAACAAAACGGUGGAACUGCACGACGACUUUAAGCUGAUACUGAUUACGCAAAACGAAUCGCUUGCGCUGGAUGAAGAGCUGCGUGCACAGCUGAUGACGCUCAGAUUUACCACCACGACCGCAGGGUUGACGGACGUGCUGACGUACAGAUGGGUACAGACGAAGCAGCCUGAAAUUGAGCGCAAACGUACCGAGUUGCUACAGGAGGAGGGUAAGCUCAUGAAGGAGAAGCUCAACCUGCAGGAUAAACUACUGCAGGAGCUUUCCUCCGCUCAGGGCGAUAUUUUGAAGAAUGAACCACUGCUGAAUACUCUGAACAGCAUUAAGGGCAGUGCGGCUGCGAUUGAGAAGGCUCUGGAGGAGUUUACGCACGUCCGAGACACAAUCAUGGAGCACUACACGCAGCGAACGGCGCUGAGUGAGCUGGCCGCUACACUAUACAUGGGACUACGCCGCUUCUAUGCCAUGAACGUUGGGAAGUAUGUUUCAAUAUUUCUGAGCGUGAUUGAUAAUGACAAGCAUGCGGCACAGGACGAACUGUACAAGAUCCUCGUACGGAGAGUGUUUUCGCUUCUGAGUCGAAGCAUCCCCAAGGACGAACAGAUCAUUCUAGGGCUGAAUGUGUGCAAGCAAGCCUUUCCGGAGCUGCUCCCCGAGCGGGAAUGGGAGUCAUUUGUCCACAACUUCACCAACCUGGACGCAUCAUCCAACCACGAUGGACAGAGUCCCCGAUGGAUAAGAUCUGAGCUAGCUGGUAAGGUAGUAGCCCUGCAAGCGUUACAUCCAGACCUUCAUGCGCGUCUUGAGCUAGAAAAUGAACCAGCCUGGAGAAAGUACACCGAAGCGGACGAAGCCAUCGCCCCUGUUUCGUUGACUGAGUUCCAGCAGAUACUGAUCGCGCAAGUACUGCGGCCCGAUUUGCUCACCAAAACCAUCCACCGAUCCGUGCGCAAUAUGCUAGGCGUAAAUAGUCUGUACAGUACCCGUCCGUCAAUAAAAAGUCUUGCGGAGGAGUCGACCCCAGCGGAACCUCUGCUACUGGUUACUGCCUCCGGGAUGGAUCCUUCGGAGGAACUCCGUGACCAUGCCCGCCACUGUCCCGGCGUCGGUUUGACGAAGUACAGUGAGUUCUCGAUCGGCAAGGGGCAGGAAAUGGAAGCGCUCAAGAUGGUGAAAGAUGCAGCCAACACGGGUAGCUGGAUCUGUAUCAAGAACGUACAUACAGUGCCACAGUUUCUGUCCACCACGUUGGAUGAUGCGCUGAAAACGAUUUCCCUGGCAGAUGGGUUCCGGCUUUGGUUAACGUCGGAAUCGGACCAACAUAUUGGUGAGACGUUCCAGAAGAAAUGCAAUAAGGUGUUGUAUGAACCUCCCGCCGGACUGAAGUACAAGUUAAAGCUACUGCUCGAGCAGCACUCACAAAGUAUCAGCACAAAGAAGCGAGACUAUAAAACGAUCAAGCUGUACGUCGGGCUUUUCCUGCUGCAUUCUAUUAUCCAGGAGAGGCGAUCGUAUAUUCCGCAGGGUUGGAGCAAACGGUAUGACUUCUCCGAUGCGGAUCUUCGCACCGCCAUGGACAUGAUACAGUACGUGGAAGCAGCCGGCACGGGAAGCACGCAAAAAAUUCCCUGGCCACUGGUACAAGGGCUAAGCGAGAAGCUUAGCUACGGCGGUAGAAUAGACAAUGAUCAGGACUUCAACCGGUUGGAGUGUCUCAUCAGAGAGUUCAUUGAUGAGAAGAUAAUGACUAGCCGCUGGCAGCCCAUGUUCCUUAACAUAACCGUGCCCAACUCCAACCAUGUGGAGGAUUAUGUGAAAGCUUUCGACCAACUCCCUGAUACGGACAGCCCAACACUGUACGGCAUACCGGCUUCAACGAACGCUUCUCGCGAUCUCAUCUUUUGCCGCAAUACGUUGAAAAUACUGCGCUCCCAGUACUUCUCCUCGGGCACCGUUCAAAACUAUGACAAACGUUUACGACCCAUCGUUAGCCUGUGGAACAAACUGCUGUCCACGACGAACAGCUCUUCCGCUAGCUUUAUUGCCAAGCUGAACUCACUCAUCGAGCGAUCGCGGAACAGCACUGAUCCUUGGAUGAUCUUUGUCGUUUCGGAGCUGACGAUGGCACGGAACCUGCACACUACCAUCAACGACUGUUUCCAGGCACUGAAGAUAGCGCUGAAAGAUGCAGGUCUACUGAGCAGCAAGGAUCGCUCACUGCUCACAACGAUCUGCGACAAUCAGGUGCCGAUACAGUGGCGUCGCAUAUGGAGUGGACCAAAAACGGUUAUCGAGUAUCUGCGAGCGGUUUCUUUCAAAACUAACAAUACAGAGCGUAUGUAUGGCUCGUUGCUGGAACGGCAGGCCGUGCAGCAGAUCGAUUUUAACCAUCUGUUCAACGUGGAAGCCAUGCUGACGGCAUUGAAGCUGAGCAGAUCGAAUCAGUCCACCAUUUCCACUACGGAGUUGCAUUUAUGUGCCACAUUUGGGGCGGCUGGUGCCGCAAAGAAGGGAGUAAUGGUGGCUUCACUGCUGAUUGAUGGUGGCACAAUGAAGCAGAACAAACUGGCCAUCCAACAGUCAGCCUUACAGCAAGGGCCCGACAUCAACGCAACGGGUUCGUUUGAGCUGAAUUAUGUACCUCGUGGGUCGGCUACCGCUAGCAAGGGGGGUACGCGAGACGACCUACUGUCCGUACCGCUGUACAACAACAUUUCGCGCGAUGUGCUGCUGUGUACGAUCGGGAUGGAAAUUGCACCGGGAUUUAGCAGCACGCAACUGAUAUCAGCUGGUAUAGCUCUUAUUGUCCCCGAAAACUAUCAGUAGUAAUGUUUAAGUUUAGAAAUUGAUUUAAAAAAAGGGUUAUUGAA